AUGGUCCUUGUUAAAGAGGAGCUGGAUAAGGCGUAUGACGUUAUAGCCGAAAUGGAAUUCGAAUUAGAAAGUAUGGACCUACUUGCUGUCCAAAAUCAGUGGCUACGUGAGGAAUUGAUGAAAGUUAAGGCGGAGGCCGUAGGUGUUAUUCACAGGGACGAGGAGGAUAAUCCAGCAUCUCGAAAGAACCGUCGCACUUAUAGGCAGCAAGUUUCUGUAGGAAUUCUAGAACCCGAACGUAAAAGCCCAACGCAAGACAAGCGUUACGGACUAGUUUUACAUUAA